UUUUCAAAGUUACCGGAUGAUCAUUGCGGGAGGGCGCCUUAUAAUCAUAAUAAGAACAAGGACGGGUCCAACCAUAAUACAUGUUAUGGACAGGCUGAGACCGGCAUAAAACUGACUGAUGACAUUUCAAACUCAAUUCCCUUUUGUGUACAACACCUUUCUUAUAGUUAAAAAUGGUUGCUAAAUCCAUACUGUAAUAAUUCUUGUAAUCUACAAGAGGACUCCAGAAAGAAGGGAAAACAAGAACAACUGUAACUUGUGUGGGCUGUGAACGGAAACUGCAAAUCAAAGUGGCAAGUAAAAGAAACUUAGAACAGCAUUAGCCGUGAAAUCAAUAACAGGAAAUCCAGCAGAAAUUUCAACUACAACUGUUGGGAUUAUAGAGGCUACUAGAAAAAAUAAGUGAGAAAGUCAGUGAGUUGCACUGCUUAAUUCUCUACCUGGCUCUAGUAUUUUCUUUUCCUUAUUGCAUUAAAUAUUUCUUAACUCAGGCUUAUUGUACAAAAUAACAAUUCCUCCCUCCCUCUCCAUCUCUCUCUCCAAUUCCACUCCUCAGGGAGUAAUCACUAAUGAUAGUUUGGUGGUAUCCAAACAGGCUUUUCUGUAGCCUUGUUCUCCAAAAAGUUUAACGUGUUCCUUGUGAUACACAGUUCCUUUAGAGUCAAACCAGAACUAACUAGCUUUUCACCUCCUUAUUAAUAAAAUGACAAAUUUUUAUUGAUAAGACAGGAAACAGUCUUUUUUUCUUCUUGAGGCCAGAAAGGCAGACAUUAAGUGCUAGAGCAUUCUAAUUUAGCCUACUGGGAAAUCAAAACCUAAAAGACAGGAGAGUAUGUCAGUUUUCAGAGACAACAAUUUAAAAAAGGCAACAGUCCAAUUUUGUUUUUCAGAGAAACUGAAACCUAGCUUUUCCCCUGGGCCUGCUUUUCUUCAGAGGGCUCAGCUUUCAGAGCCAUUUCUUUCCUCCCGUCCUCAGUCAAGCCGCAGACACCGAAUAACUCAGAGCUCCAGGAGUUUUCUCUUUGACACCCCAACCCAGAGGAAUCUUCUAAUUCCCAAGAGAGAAAAUGGAGAUGCAGAAAUCAUCUUUGGUGGUAGAAUUAUCUUACCCAGAUUUGGUCAUCAGUGUAGGAGAAAUAACUCUUGGUGAAGCUAACAGAAAAAAGCUGCAGAAAACUCAAAGAGAGAAAGAGAGGGAGAAGUUUACACAGGCUGCAUGUGCUUUAUUAAACUCAGGAGGAGGAGUGAUUCGGAUGGAAAUGGCAAACAACGAUGAGCAUCACGUGGAGAUGGGACUGGAUUUAGAAGAGUGUUUGAGAACACUUAUUAUGUCUAAAGAUUUGCAGGCUUUCUUUGAUACUAAGCAACAAGGGAGGUGUUAUUACGUUUUUGUUAAAUCUUGGAACAGUGACCCUUUCCCUGAAGACCGGUCCAUCAAACCCCGCAUUUGCAGCCUGAGCUCUUCGUUAUACUGUAGGUCUCUCACCUCUGUGGUUUGCAUGGAUUCAAGUGAGGCAUUCAAUUUCCUGAAAACCAAGAAAAGAAAUACAGAAACCUUGAAGGAAGAACCUUCUUGUAAAGUUCGCAGGGUUACACCUCGAUACCAUAACUCGAAUCCUGCUUACCUAAUUUUCGAAAGAGACCAGCUUGAAUAUGGUGAAAUCCUGCCUUUUCCUGAGUCUCAACAUGUAGAGUUUAAACAAUUCUCUACAAAACACAUCGUAGAGUAUGUAAAAAGCACAAUUCCAGAGUACAUCUCUGCAUUUGCAAACACUGAAGAAGGCUAUCUUUUUAUUGGAGUGGAUGAUAAGACUAAGAAAGUUCUGGGAUGUCCUAAGGAAAAUGUUGACUGUAACGCUUUGAAAAUGAAAAUAGAAGCUACAAUAGCCAAAUUACCUCGUGUCCAUUUUUGCCAAUCCCAAAGCCAGUUAACUUACACAGUCAAAAUCUUGAAUGUGUUAGCCAACGGAGAGCUCUAUGGCUACGCUUGUGUGAUCCGAGUGCAGCCAUUCUGUUGUGCAGUGUUCUCAGAAGCUCCCAAAUCAUGGAUGGUGAAGGAUAAAAACGUCUGCAGCCUGACAACUGAGGAAUGGGUAGACAUGAUGAUGGACGCCGAUCCAGAUCUUCUGUGCUUGUCCAAAGAAUUUGAAUCUCAGCUGAGUCUGUCUAGCAGCCCUCCUCUUAGCAGACCGGUGUACUCCAAGAAAGGCCUGGAACAUAAGAAGACUCUCCAGAGACUGUUAUUUCCAGUGACACCAGGAGAUUUGCAGUAUACUCCCAAAUCCCUCUGGGAGGAGCUGUCCUCAGAGCAUGAAGGUCUGGAGGAAUUAAUAAAUAAGCAAAUGCAGCCUUUCUCCCACGGCAUUUUGAUCCUUUCUAGAAGCUGGGCUGUUGACCUGAAUUUGCAAGAGAAGCAGGGAGUCAUCUGUGAUGCUCUGCUGGUAACAGAGAACAGCCCCCCCAUUUUCUACACCAUCCUCAGGAAACAAGAUGCAGAUGGGAAGAGUUACUGCACCGGUACUGCCUUUACUUUGAAGCAGAAGCUGGUGAACAUGGGGGGCUACACCGGAAAGCUGUGUGUCAUGACCAAGGUCCUCCAUCUGAGUCCUGAGAGCAAUGCAGAGUCCUCUGAAGGUUCAGGCUCUCUGAUUAAUUACCCUAAGUCCUAUAACCUUGCAAACGCCCAGCAGAUGGAAGACUUGCUACAGUCCCUCGUGAUUGUUUUGCUCAGCUUCAGGUCUUUCCUGAGUGACCAGCUUGGCUGUGAAAUUUUAAAUCUUCUCACAGUCCAACAGUAUGAGAUCUUCUCAAAAAACAUCCGCAAAAACAGAGAACUGUUUGUCCAAGGCUUACCUGGCUCAGGGAAGACAAUCAUAGCCAUGAAGAUCAUGGAGAAAAUCAAGAAUGUGUUUGGCUGUGAAGAAAAUGAAAUUCUCUAUGUUUGUGAGAACCAGCUUCUGAGGAACUCUAUCGGUAAUAAAGGUAUCUGCUGUGCAGUGACUCGGAAAACCUUCAUGAGUAAUGACUUCGAAAAGAUUCAACACAUCAUCAUUGAUGAAGCUCAGAAUUUUCGCAAUGAAAAUGGGGACUGGUAUAAGAAGGCCAAAAUCAUCACUCAGAGAGGAGAGGAUUCAAUUCUCUGGGUCUUUCUGGACUACUUUCAGACCAGUCACAUGGAUGACAGUGGCCUCCCCCGUCUCUCAGAUCAGAAUUCAAGAGAAGAGCUCACCAGAGUGGUCCGCAAUGCAGAUCCAAUAGCUAAGUACCUACAACGUAUAAUGCAGAAGAUCAGAGUAAAGCUACCACGUAACAUUCCCCAGAGAUCCCUGGAGAUACUGCGUGAGGCUGAGUGGUGUCAGGGUGUUCCAGGCUUCUGCACUAUUAAGAAGUGCUCAAACUUGCAAGACAUAGGUACCUAUGUAGCAGAGAAGUGCCAGUGGUUCUUGAGGAAUGGUUAUUCCCCUGAUGAUAUUGUUGUGCUUUGUAGCACAAUGGAGGAAGUGGAAAAAUAUAAAGAUUACUUUUCAAAACCAAUGAGGAAGAGAACAAUGUCUCAGAACAAUGUUACCUCCAUUUUGGCCAAUAACAUCAUGUUCGAGAGUAUUCGUAGAUUUUCAGGCCUGGAAAGAAACAUCGUGUUUGGGAUCAAUCCAAGCGCAGCUGAGUCAGCUAUUUUCUACAAUCUUCUUCUCUGUCUGGCUUCCAGGGCCAGGAAGCAUCUGUAUAUUGUGACGCUUCUUGACUGGGAGAUCCCAACCUAAGAAGAGUUGAUAGAGAUAAAAUAUUCCCUCUAUCCCUUCAGUUUCAGAAAAAGAAUGACUACUCUGCAUCAUAAAAACAUUAUUUCUAACAAUGGACGCUUGCAAGAUAACUGGCUUCAGAGUUGUUGCUAUAUUCUGUGAAAGGAACACCUGAAAAGUCUAAUUCUUCAUGUUCUCAACAAAGGUGUCACAGUGCUUUCACAAGACUCCCCAUUUGUGUGUCUGCAUUUGCAAACACUGAAGGAGGGUAUGUAUUUUGGGGGGUGCAUGAUGAGACCCAUUAAAACAUGGGAUGUGAAAAAGAGAAAAUAGAUCUUACCACCUUGAGGGCCUCUAUUGAUGACUGCAUUAAGAAGUUACCUGUCCAUCAUUUCUGUAUGCAGAAGUGUGACAUAAAAUAUACCAUCAAAUUCCUUGAAGGACACAAUCAGGGGACCCUCCAUGGAUAUGUCUGCGGCCAAAGUGGAACAAUUCUGCUGUGCGGUGUUUGUCAAAGAGCCUGGUGCCUGGCAGGUGAAGAAAAACCGUGUGAAACAGCUGGACACAAAGGAAUGGGCAGCUUGGAUGAUGGAAGCUGACCCAGGUCAGGGAGCAGAAUCCACAAUGACUGUAAUAUUGCUGGGGGUUGGGAGGGAGGAAAAGGAGGUAUUAUUUUAGAAUCUGGGGAAAGAGAGGUACUGAGUUGCAGAUGUCUGAUUUGUUAAUUCCUAUCGGUGCUGUUGGUGGCACUGCCCUCCUUUCCUUCUUCCCAUCUUAAAUAUCCUGCAUUCAGCAGAUGCCCGGGCUAGCCGACCCACCAGAGGGUGGUGCAGGAGGCUAUUUGACCAGGUCAUUUCUAUUUUCACCUCCUUUCUUGUGUUCAUAGUCAAGUCUCUUCUUUUUCCAUUCUGAUUAUAAACUCACAUUUAAUUAUUCAGGAAAUUCACGUGUGGUGGCAGAGACCCAAAGACAGGCAAUGGGAAAGUUUUAUAUUGGGGGGGAGGAAGGAAGGCCCAGGUAUGAUCUAUUUUGCGGUUGUUCUAGGGAAGCUGGAGUGGGCUUACUGGAAGAAGGACAUCUUAUGUCACUGGUUAGGGGAGCCCAGUUGGCUUUUUCGGUUGGCGCUGCGUUGGAAGGAGGAAGCAGGCAGUUAUGGACCAUGUCCUGACCGCUUCUGGCCAAUUGCUGCAGGGGUGGUGGGUCAGAGUUCUGUGUUCAUACAUGCUCUGGCUAGUGUCCCUUUGUAUAUUCAGUUUCAACCUCAAAACUUCUAGAUGAAAACAAAGAAAAUAUUUUUACCUUGGGUUCAGCAAACAUAUCUUAGAGAUGAUACUAAAUGCACAAUAUAUAAAAGAAAAAAUUAAUAUAUUGGACCUUGAGAAGGUCUUCUUACUGAAACACACUGUUAAGAGAAUGAAAAUACAAGCCCUUGACUGGACAAAAUAUUUGCAAAUGAUAUACCUGAUAAAGAACUUGUAUCUAUCUAAUUUCUGUAUAGAACUCUUGAAAGGCAAUAAAAACAACCAACCCAAUUUAAAAAUGGAUAAAAGAUUUGAACAGAUACUUCACCAAAGAAGGUAUAUAGAUAGCAAAUAAGUAUAUGAAAUGAUGUUCGACGUCAUUAGUCAUUAGUAAAUGCCAGUUAAAACUACAAUAAGAUAACACUACAUACCUAUUAAAAUAGCUAAAAGGACUCACCAUACCAGGUGUUGGUGAGGCUGUGAAGGAAAGGAACUUGCACACACGCCUGGUAGGAACAUAAAGUACAAGCAUGUUGGGAAAGAGUUUGGUAGUUUCAUACACUUACCAUAUGACCCAGACAUUCCACUUCUAAAUAUUUACCCAAGAGAAAUGAAAACAUGUCCAUACAGAGUUGUACAAGAAUGUCCAUUACACUGUUAUUUGUAAAAGCCAUAAACUACUAACAACCCAAAUACCCAUCAAUAGAAACAGAUUUUGAUUAUCCAUACAAUGGGAUACUACUCAGCAAAAAAAAAAAAUAAUAAGAGAACUGACUUUGGGUGGUG